AUGUAAACGCAGGAGACGGGAAGUUUUGUCGAACACCACGACCGUUAUAUACGGAUGUGGGUGUCCUUCUUGUAGUUGGGAAGUUUUUUGUCAACCUGUUUAUGUAUCUAUUUAUGAAUGGUAUUUCAUUCAUUUCUGUAUUCUUUUACCGGGUUGAGAUCAUUAAGAGGUGUAUGAUUCGUUUUCUAUUUGCCUAUGGAUGACAGGUCGCAUCACGAUUCACACCUACUGGGACGACUCUAAGACGGGAUGGGGAGAUCAAGAUCACGUUCGAGGUCCAGAUCACCAAGAAGGAGGUACGAGGAGUCAAGGAGAUGGAGAUCACCAGGGAGACGUUCUGACCGAUCGGAGGGCAGAGCAUUCGAUAAGAGGAAGGAGAAGCAUCGCUCGAGGUCGACAUCUUUUUCGGGACGUAGAAGAAGGAGAAUUGUGUCGAGGGAACGGGAUGAUCGGAGAUACGAUUUCCCAUAUAACAAACCAGCCCUUGGCAACAGGGCGUGGUUCACAGUGGAGUUAAGGGACGAGUUGUAUGCGCUCAGGAGAGAGCUCGAUCGACUCAAGAAGAAGGUUGAUAAGCUGUGCGACGAGGUGAAGGAGGCGAAGGAGAUACAUCCGACUCCGGGCGUCACGACGGAACAGCUCAAAGAGGCAGUUGAGAAGGCGGUAGCAGAGGCCAGCGUUAGACAAGCUUCGUCAAUACCAAGAAGCAGUGCCUCGGCUGAGAAGCGCAAGCACGAGAGCAGCAAGAAAGAUACUGGAGGAGUUGAUGCCGAUAAUCUCAAGCGCCAACUAGAUGAGAUGAGGCAGAUCCGGUACGACUUGGCCACCCUUCGGGGCACGGUGAAUGGACUUAAGUCACCAGCCGCGAGGCAGUUUGUUUCUCCACGUGUCACGUUGCCAGCAGAGCAUCGAACGCCGGCAAAGAAGAGGACACCGGGAAAACCUGGGCCAGGACCGAGCGGGAGUAAGAAAGCUAAGCAGAGACAGAAUGAAGCACAACAGAGGAUGGUACGAUCCACGGCUACGAGGAGGAUCCUUGAAGGGAAACAGAUCUCCGAAAACAUGCUGCAGAGUCUGCAGAUGGGAGACCUCAAGAAGCUAUGCAUGAAGUAUAACAUCAAGUACAAGGGCAUGCCGCAGGCUCGCGUCGCGCCGAGGAAGAUCCCAGGGGUAAUCGUAACAGUCACGGAAGAUAUGGCAGACCCUGAGGAGAGUGGAGAGGAAGCGCAGACCAAGUAUCGGCGAGGAGAGCAGGGGAUUUCAGAAUCCAUGGCCGAUGAUGCUGAGGAAGGAGAAGUGAGCGAGUCAUCAGAGGAACCCGAUGAGGAGGACGAAGAAAAUGACGUGUCACAUGACGUGGAACCUUCGAUGAACUAGCGGCAGACAUUUCUACGUAGGGAAAAUGGUACGUGGCUUACACACGAGGUGGAAGGAACACGUACGCUCCGUACGGAAACCGAAGCACGGGCCUCAACGCAAGUUGUACUCACGGGUCAGGAAGUUUGGCGUGCACAAGUAUG